AUGGCGCCUUCGUCCACCGGGGACUCCCCCCUUUCUGUCACGACGACCGCGGUGGCAAGCACCGUGAGGCCUUUCUCUGUACCAACCAGGGACGAUUUCUCAAUCGACAUCGCGGUUCCUGCCCUCCCCACCACCAAUGGCCAUGGCUCUUUGAAGUCCCCUCUCAAGUCGCCGACAGCCCUGAAGACCCAGCGCCAAGCCAGCUUCAGCCGGGAAGGCAUUCUCGGCUCUGCACAGAAAACGAGAAACAUGUCGCAGUCAUCAGACAACCGCCAGGAGGCUGUCAGCAUGCAGAAAGAAGGCAGCGAGGAGGGGACCAACCCUCUAAAGCGGAGGAAUACCGACGCCGGUGUCGACUAUCCGCGGAGGCGUGCUACUAUUGCAUGCGAGGUCUGUAGAUCUCGCAAAAGCCGCUGUGAUGGCACGAAACCGAAAUGCAAGCUCUGCACCGAACUUGGCGCUGAGUGUAUCUACCGGGAGCCGGGCAUCAAGCUCGAUGCGGGAGACAAACUCAUCCUUGAACGGUUGAAUCGCAUUGAAAGCCUCCUCCAGCUGAACAUGGUAAACCAGUCAAACGGCGUCAACAUCACCCAGGACUCACCCAGCCUGAGCAACGGCACUGCGCUCAACGGAGAAAGCCUCUUGGUGCCAAACGCCAACGGCAGCUUUCUGUCUGUCAUUCCUAGCAGCGGGAUAGGCACUUGGGCUCCCAACGGGACCAACAUCUCCACGAUGCCCAAGAUCCACACGAAUGCUGCUCUUCAUCUUCUGCAGUGGCCAUUGAUCCGUGAUCUCGUCUCGCGCCCCUACGAUCCGCAGAUCCUGCUUCAGCUCGAAAUGGCCAGAGAACCGCUGCACUCCCUAACCAAAACACCGUGUGUUGAUCUUUCCAAUACAACAGCCUACAUCGAGGCAUACUUCGAGCGAGUUAAUAUCUGGUACGCCUGUGUGAAUCCGUACACAUGGAGGAGUCAUUAUCGGAGUGCGCUGUCGAAUGGUUUUCGUGAGGGCGCCGAAAGCUGCAUCGUCCUCCUGGUCCUUGCGCUCGGCCAGGCUAGCCUGCGUGGCAGUAUCUCCAGGGUCGUGCCACAAGAGGACCCUCCUGGGCUCCAAUACUUCACGGCGGCUUGGGCCCUGCUUCCUGGUAUGAUGACAUCAAACAACGUACUUGCGGCCCAGUGUCACCUCCUCGCAUCCGCCUAUCUUUUCUAUCUUGUUCGACCCCUCGAGGCAUGGAACCUGUUGUGUACUACCAGCACCAAGCUCCAAUUGCUCCUGAUGUCACCCAACCGAAUUCCUUCCGAGCAGAGAGAGCUGACCGAGCGUAUCUACUGGAAUGCCCUGCUGUGCGAGAGUGAUCUGUUGGCAGAGCUCGACCUCCCGCACUCCGGCGUCGUCCAGUUUGAAGAAAACGUCGGCCUACCGGGCGGAUUUGAAGGAGAUGAGAAUGAGGCAGUUGGGCGCGAUGAUCUCUGGUACUUUCUUGCGGAGAUUGCACUGCGGCGGCUGCUGAACAGAGUCAGCCAGCUUCUCUACUCCAGAGACUCCAUGGCAACCACGACGAGUCUGGAACCCGUCGUCGCGGAACUCGACUUUCAACUGACGCAGUGGUAUGAGAGUCUACCGUUGCCACUACAAUUUCCCUUCUCGAGGACGAUGCUACCGGAUCCGAUCCAGACCGUCUUACGCCUACGAUUCUUCGCGUGUCGGACCAUCAUCUACAGGCCAUAUAUCCUUGUUGUUCUGGAUAACGAACAAGCAGUCUUGGACCCUGCUGUGCGUGAUAGCUGUCACAAAUGUCUGGAGGCUUCUAUUCGGCAGUUGGAACACAUCGCUGCUCAUCAUGCUGGCCAUAUGCCUUAUCUGUGGCAAGGGGCGCUGUCUAUUGUUUCGCAGACAUUGUUGGUGAUGGGCGCUACGAUGUCACCAUCUCUCGCAAAUAUUCUCUUGACGCUAGUUCCCCACAGGGAUACCAUUGAUCAGAUCAUAAACGACGUCGUCAUGGAGAUUGAGCGAUAUGCCGUUCUUGCCCCAAGCCUCAGCCUAGCCGCCGAGAUCAUUAAGGAGGCCGAGGUUCGGAGGAGGGCUUACCUGAACGGAUGA